GAAAUGUUGAAACACAUCUCUCUCGUGUUCGAGCUUUGCUCGGAUAUGUGCGCUAGCUCUGUUUUACAGGGGAAAUUCUGCUAUCUUUGUUGGGAGGGAGAAUUAACAAUCACGAUCUCAUUGGCUCCUCAAAAACUCUUGUACAUGCAGGAACUGAGGGGAAGAAGAUUCAGAUUUUAUUUGUGGCAGUGCAGAGUGUACUCAAGUCAAGAGUCAAGCAAGAUAGGUCAUAAACCCAUCAAUAUGGAAGACUGAAUCAAUGUGCGCAAUCCCAUAUGUAUCAGUUUCCAUUCGUACAGCCUUAGUGAAUUAACGUUUCAUUAAAUCAAACUACACGACACCUGUCUACUUGUGACACCAAUUACUUUCAUAAACAGUAUUGGCCGUGAUUUGGAUCUCUUUUAGUACCAUGAGUGCCUCAACAAAGAGCUCAAGCGAUGACCAAAUUUUGAUGGCCAUCGGAAAUUUUGGACGGUGGCAAUUUUUGAUGUUCUUUGUGGCGGGCAUAACCCUUCUCCCCGGAACGUUUCCAGUCCUCUCUAUGACUUUCUUGAACGUGAAAGUCAAUCAUUGGUGUGGAAAACCCGAAGCUCUCAGUUCCAUGUCUACAGCUGAAUGGCGGAAAACCAUCGACAAUGAUACUGGAUGUGAUGGGCAGGCCAAAAUCAGUGGUCAAAUCAAAUGGGAAAUGGUCCAUCAUCUCCAGAAUAAUACCUCCACAGACACAGUGAGCGAAGAAAGAGUUGGGGAUGACUUGUCGGUCGGUUCCAUCGAAUGUUCAGGCUUCGACUUUGAUCGUUCCACGUUCGAUUCCACUUUAAGCACGGAAUGGAAUAUCAUCUGCGAUGAUGCGUAUCAAUUGAGCUUCAGCCAGUCCGUGUAUUUUGGCGGCAUGAUGAUAGGCGUCUUCGUGGCAGGGAUUCUGAGUGAUAAGUUCGGUCGGAAACGGGUUCUCAUCACGUCGGUCUUGGGUUUCAGCGUGGCAGGAGUCCUAUCUUCGUUUUCCACCUCCUAUGGGAUCUUCCUGCUUUGCCGGUUCUUUGUCGCAGCAGGCUCCUCAGGCAUUUUGAUCAUCAUCAUGGCAUAUCUUUUGGAAAUGGUUGGUGGCAAGUGGACCACUAUCCUCGGGAUGGGAGUCCAAUUCUUUUGGGUCUUGGGUUGGUUGAUAUUGGGUGUGUUGGCAUACUUCAUCCGUGACUGGCGCCAAUUGACGUUUGUGACAUCCAUCAGUGGUCUGUUGGUCAUUAUUCUUCAUUGGGUCAUGCCAGAAUCUCCCAGAUGGCUGCUCUCAAUUGGCCGGAGCGACGAGGCUGAACAAAUCAUCCGGAGGAUCGCUCGUACUAAUACCAUCGAGUUGUCUGAAGAUUGGUCCCUCCAACCUCAAAUCAAGUCCAAGGAUGAGGGCCAAUUUGAGGAAAAGUCCAUCACCGAGCUAUUCAAGUACCCUCAGUUGCGGGCGAAGACCCUGAUCCUGCUCGUGAAUUGGUUCUCGAACUCAGCCACCUACUACGCACUUACCUUGAACUCCGCCGCUUUGUACGGGAAUAUUUUUGUGAACUUCCUUGUGAACGGCUUCAUGGAGAUCCCGGCUUAUUCCAUAUCCAUAGCCUUACUUUUGAUGAGUGGUCGACGCGUUCCGUAUGCUCUUUGCAUUCUCAUGGGUGGGGUCUCGUUGUUGGGCGUCAUUUGUAUUCCGUCGAGCUACGAGAGGGCCACUCAAGUGGUGGCGAUUUCAGGGAAAUUCUUCAUUACCAUUUCAUUUGGUGUGAUCUACUUGUAUUCAUCUGAGAUGUUUCCCACGGUUUUAAGAACCAGUGGAAUUGGAGCGUGUUCCCUCAUCUGUCGCUUUGGAGGGAUCUCUGCCGCAUGGAUUGCACUUUUGAGCCAUUAUCAUCCUUACUUGCCCACCACCAUCUACGGGAUUUUGGCGAUUUUUUGCGGAUUAAUUGCACUCUUUUUGCCCGAAACAAAGGAUGAAAAGAUCCCCGAUACUAUUGAGGAAAGUGAACAAAAUCCGCUCAUGAGUUGGCGAGAAGCAUUUCAAGGGAGACAUGUCACAUAAAAAGCAUUCACUUGGCCGAAA